AUGGAUACCGGCAUCGUCGGCCCUGUUACUGUCAUGAGCAGCUUUGUAGAGAAAUUCGGCAACCAAUCUGCGACAAUCCAUGGUCUUCUGGUAUCGUCAAUUUUGAUCUCCGCGGCGAUAUCCUCGUUUUUUGCGGGGUAUCUGGCAGAUAAAUUGGGCCGUCCGAAGGGAAUCAGUAUUGGGGCACUCAUAUUCGGAAUUGGCGCAGCCCUAGAAGGUGCAGCCAUGCAUGUCGCUAUGUUUGUUAUAGGUAGAUGUAUCGAGGGUAUUGGAGAGGGUCUGUACUUGGGUACAUUAGUAGUGCAUGUUUAUCUUUCUGUGGUGCUACAUAUUUAUAUUUGCGAAAUCUCGCCCCCGAGCAUUCGAGGAGCUUUAACCACGGGUCCUCAAUUAUUGAUCACCCUCGGCUUGGUGACGGGUUUCUUUACUUGCUACGGAACUUCGCAUCUGGAUUCCUCGAUAUCAUGGCGCAUCCCCUACCUGAUUCUGGCUUGCUUGUCAAUUGCGUUCUCCGUGUCGACAUUCAUCUGGCUCGUCCCAUCCCCGAGAUGGCUCACUAUUCACGGCCGUCGAGCUGAAGCCAGUGCCACUUGGGACUUGCUAGGUGUGAGCCAUGCAGAGCGCGAAAAGGCUGAAAUCGAACAAGAUCGUGGUUCCAUUAUCCAGGGUCCGAUUUCCCAGGAAGUCGCCAUCACCAAUGUGCCCAGCGUGGAUACCACCACAGUUAACUCACAGCGCAACCGCUCGUUGAGGCACAAACUUCUAGAUAUUUUCUCCAAGGACGUUCGAACUCGUACUGCGCUGGCUGUGUUUUUGAUGGGGAUGCAGCAACUCAGUGGGAUUGAUGGUGUUCUUUAUUACGCUCCGCUACUCUUCGAACAGGCCGGUCUCGCAUCCGCGGAUGCCAGCUUCUUUGCGUCUGGCAUCUCAGCCCUUGUUAUUUUCGCCGUGACGAUCCCGGCCCUCAUGUGGGCAGAUAAAUGGGGCCGCCGACAAAGCAUCAUCUACGGCGGAAUCGGAAUGAGUCUGACAAUGUUCCUUAUGGGCGCUCUCUACGCGGGGAACGCAGUACAUAGCACUACUGGUGCCGGUCGUUGGGUCGUGAUCGUCUGCAUUUACGUAUUUGCCGUGAUAUUCUCUCUCAGCUGGGCAGUUGGGAUCAAGUUAUACGCUGCAGAGAUCCAACCCCAGCGGACCCGCGCGUCGGCAACAAGUCUUGCGCACGGCAGCAACUGGGCUACAAACUUCUUGGUUGCUCUGACGACCCCGAUCCUGCUCUCAAAGAGAAUGCCUCCUCGUAGGAGAGCACAGGCUCCGUCAGCCGUCGCGCGAGCUGCGCAGGCAGAGGCUGCAGGUUCGUCUAAGUCGAACGCCUCGGAUGCCGCAAAGCGAAAGCGCCCUUCCCAGUCCAAACCGGGAGCCGGCCCAGAACAGCCACCACCAGCCGAGGAAGAGAUUGUCGAAGUAGAGGAGCCAACCUAUCCAUACCGUCACCGCGACCCCUUCGAUGCGCUCCUGGAACCUUUUUACUACGAUAAAGCCUUGACAGAUCCGAUCAAUACAGCUAAGGAUAAAUGGAACUUGCUGCCAGCAUUUCUCAAAGUCAAGGGUCUGGUCAAACAGCACAUUGACUCAUACAACUACUUGGUGGAAGUUCAGUUGAAGAAGAUUGUCGAGUCGAGCUCGACGAUCCGCAGCGAUGUCGACCACAACUUCUACAUCAAGUUUACCGAUAUUUACCUUGGAUCCCCUCGACGAGCCGAUGAGCCGCAGGACGCGCUUCAGUUCUCCGAAUCAACCGUAACUCCACAAGAGUGCCGAUUGCGUGACACAACCUAUGCUGCCCCGAUUCAGGUUGACUUUGAGUAUAUCCGUGGUCGUCAACGAGUUCGGAGAACGGGUGUUGCUAUCGGCAGAAUGCCGGUUAUGCUUCGUAGCUCGAAAUGCGUGUUGGCCAACAAGACCCCGGCGCAGAUGUCGGUGCUGAACGAGUGUCCUUUGGAUCCAGGCGGAUAUUUUAUUGUAAAUGGAACGGAAAAGGUGAUUCUCGUUCAAGAGCAGUUGAGCAAGAACAGAAUUAUCGUGGAGACGGAUCCGAAGAAGGAGAUUGUGCAGGCUUCGGUAACUAGUUCUUCCAACGAGCGCAAGUCUAAAAGUUACAUUAUUCUGAAGAAAGACAAACUUUACGUGAAACACAACGUGCUGAGCGAGGACAUUCCCAUUGUGAUUCUCCUGAAAGCCAUGGGUAUCCAUACAGACAAGGAAAUGAUGCUUCUUGUUGCGGGUGUUGACAAAGUUUACCAAGAAGAUUUUGCCAUCAACUUUGAAGAGGCCAUCAAGGUUGGCAUCUUUACGCAGCAGCAAGCUCUCGAUUGGAUUGGCUCGCGCAUUAAGAUCAACCGCAAACAGAUGUCUUACCGUCGAACUCACAUCCAGGAGGCUGUUGAGGCUAUCGCAUCCGUCAUUAUCUCUCAUAUUGAAGUUAAGAACAUGAAUUUCAGGCCAAAGGCUAUCUAUGUGGCUAGCAUGGCACGCCGUGUGCUCAUGGCAAAGAACGAUGCGACACUGGUGGAUGACCGUGAUUACCUUGGAAAUAAGCGACUGGAAUUGGCUGGUCAAUUACUUGCUCUUCUCUUUGAAGAUUUGUUCAAGAAAUUCUGCUUUGACAUCAAGAUGAAUAUCGACAAGGUCCUGAACAAGCGCAACCGAGCAGAGGCUUUUGAUGCCUGGAGUGUCAUCAGCAUGCACAGCAACCAUAUCACCCAGGGAAUGAACCGCGCUAUUUCUACGGGUAACUGGAGCUUGAAGCGUUUCCGUAUGGAGCGUGCUGGUGUGACCCACGUGCUUAGUCGACUCAGUUAUAUUGCAGCGCUGGGAAUGAUGACUCGUAUUAGCAGUCAGUUCGAAAAGACCAGGAAGGUCUCUGGACCCAGAGCUCUACAGCCGUCCCAGUUUGGAAUGCUCUGUCCAGCCGAUACCCCAGAAGGAGAAGCCUGCGGUCUCGUCAAGAACUUAGCCCUGAUGACCCAUAUUACAACCAACGACGAAGAAGGUCCGAUAAGGAACCUUGUCUUCAUGCUGGGCGCGGAAGACAUCCAGACAGUUGGUGGGAAGGAACUUUAUGCCCCAGGAAGCUACACAAUCUCUAUAAAUGGUACUCCGAUGGCGCUUACUCGCCGUCCCAAGUUCUUCCUAAACGCAUUCCGUCGACUGCGUCGGAUGGGCCGAAUCUCCGAGUUCGUCAGUAUCUACAUCAACCAUCAUCAACGUGCUGUGCACGUCGCAACUGACGAUGGGCGUAUCUGUCGACCUCUAAUCGUCGUUGAGGACGGAAAAUCCCGUGUUAAGAGGCACCAUCUCCGUAAGCUGCGUGAUGGCACUAUGCAGUUUGAUGAUUUCCUCGCCCAAGGCCUUGUGGAGUACCUCGAUGUCAACGAGGAGAAUGAUUCCUUGAUAUCUAUUUACGAGAAAGACGUCACAGACGCAACCACCCACCUGGAAAUCGAGCCCUUCACAGUGCUUGGAGCCGUUGCUGGUCUGAUCCCUUACCCUCACCACAACCAGUCCCCGCGUAAUACCUACCAAUGUGCUAUGGGUAAACAAGCGAUUGGGGCUAUCGCAUCAAAUCAGUUCCUCCGCAUUGACUCCAUUCUAUAUCUGAUGGUUUACCCGCAGAAACCCAUGGUCAAGUCACGGACAAUUGAGCUAACCAAAUAUGAUCAGCUUCCUGCUGGUCAGAACGCAACUGUGGCCGUCAUGAGUUACUCUGGCUACGAUAUUGAGGACGCCCUCGUCUUGAACAAAGGCUCCGUCGAUCGAGGUUUUGGGCGCUGCCAAGUUUUCCGGAAGUAUGUCACCAACCUGAAGAGCUACUCCAACGGAACAAAGGAUCUCCUGAACCCGCCUCAGUAUGAGAACGACGCCCCGAUUAGAAAGCACGCGCUCCUAGAAAGCGAUGGAUUAGCUGCUGUAGGAGAACAGGUCAAUGCUGGAGAAGUAUACAUCAAUAAAUCUACCCCAGACCAGUCGAUGUCCUCGGGCAUCACCGGUUCAGACGCUGGCCGGCCAAUCUCCUAUAGUGCCACCCCAAUGACCUACAAGCUCCCUGACCCAGCCUACAUCGACAAGGUCAUGGUCUCCGUGACCGAAAACGAAAACCAGAUCAUCAAAGUACUCACGCGCCAAACCCGUCGCCCCGAAGUCGGCGACAAGUUCUCAUCCCGCCACGGCCAGAAGGGUGUCGUGGGUAUCAUCGCCGACCAGGCCGACAUGCCCUUCACCGACCAAGGCAUCAACCCAGACAUUAUCAUGAACCCUCACGGUUUCCCGUCCCGCAUGACGGUCGGGAAAAUGCUGGAGCUAGUCGCCGGCAAAGCAGGCGUUCUCUCUGGCCAACACGGAUACGGAACAUGCUUCGGCGGCAGUCCCGUCGAAGAAAUGUCCCGCAUCCUUAUCGACAAAGGCUUCAGCUACGGUGGCAAGGACUACCUCACUUCCGGUAUCACCGGGGAAGCUCUCCCCUUCUACGUCUUCACCGGCCCCAUCUACUACCAAAAACUUAAGCACAUGGUCCAAGACAAGAUGCACUCGCGUGCGCGUGGGCCCCGCGCCAUCCUCACGCGCCAACCCACCGAAGGUCGUUCCCGAGACGGUGGUCUACGUCUGGGAGAGAUGGAGCGUGAUUGUUUGAUCGCCUACGGUACCAGUCAGCUGCUCCUGGAGCGACUGAUGAUCUCGUCUGAUCGUCACGAAAUCGACGUCUGCGAGCAGUGUGGUUUCAUGGGCUAUUUGAACUGGUGUCAGCGUUGCAAGUCAUCCCGGAGUGUGGUGAAGAUGGUUAUUCCUUAUGCUGCCAAGCUUCUCAUCCAAGAGUUGAUGAGUAUGAACGUCACUGCCAGGUUGAAGCUUGAGGACGAGUUCCCGGAAACGAAAGGACGAUAG